AGUUACUGUCGGUUAGCAUAGCAAAAAUGUUGUGCAAUUGGAUAGUUCGGUGGCUAUCACUGUAAUUUAUCAAAAAAUAAUUAAAUUUUAAAAGAAGAAAGAAAAGGAAUCAUGAUAAAAAUUGAGAAAAAAUUGAUGUUUGAAUUGUGCCAAGAAGUGAAAUGGAUUUGUGAAUAAUAGUAAUCUGUCGAAUAAUUUAAUGAUGAUUAUAUCAAGUAAAAUUAAUUGUGAGAAAAAUAUUUUUGUGAUAUCUUAUUGAUAGAUAUCUGCCAAGGAAUCCAAAGUGUAAUUAAAACGUUAGCGAAUUAAUUCUGGUAUCAAGUUUCAAGAUGCCUUUAAGAACAACAUCUACAACAAUAGCACCCGCUACUAUAGAUCCAAACUUUGAAAUCAUAGAGCAACGUAGAGCAGAAUGUAUAGAAUUCUUAGACGCUGAAUUACUAAAGAAAGCAGACAUAACAUAUGAACCAGGGACAUAUUGCGACGGACAAUUUGAUGGUUGGAGUUGUUUUCCCGACACACCUAGUAAUACAAUUGCCAAAGUUCCAUGUCCACCAUUAUUUGAGUUCGACCCAACAAGAUUCGCACACAAAGUUUGUGAAAGUGAUGGGAAUUGGUUUCGACAUCCGGAAACAAAUAAAACUUGGACAAACUACACAACAUGCAUCGAUUUCGGUGACUAUCAGCUUCGUCGACAUGUGAAUUUAAUUUACGUGACCGGAUAUACCAUCUCGUUGAUAGCGAUACUUCUUUCAAUUUCCAUUUUCUGCUACUUUAGAUCUCUAAAAUGUGCUAGGAUAACGCUUCACAUGAAUCUGUUUGCAUCGUUUGCUGCAAAUAAUUUUUUAUGGUUGAUUUGGUAUCACGUAAUAUUAGAUACAAACAUACUUAAUGGCAAGGACCAGUGGCCUUGUGUGAUGUUACAUUUGAUCCUCCAUUAUUUUCUUCUCACGAAUUACGCGUGGAUGCUUUGUGAAGGCUUCUACCUACAUACAGUUCUUGUUUCCGCCUUUAUUUCGGAACAGAAGCUUGUUAGAUGGUUGAUAGCGUUGGGUUGGAGCGCACCUGCAGUUUUUCUUAUAUUCUAUGGUAUUCUUAGAGGCUACGUUAGUACAGAUGAAGAUCGGACAAUGUGCUGGAUGAACGAAAGUCCAUAUACAAAUGUUCUCGUUGCUCCAGUUUGCUUAUCUAUGUUACUUAAUCUCCUUUUCCUCUGUAAUAUCGUGAGAGUAGUUUUACUGAAGCUAAAAGCCCCGGCUUCAAUGUCAAAUGGACCCGGCAGUGGACCAUCUCGAAAUAUUUUACAAGCCUUCAGAGCGACACUGCUUCUGGUGCCACUGCUUGGUUUACAGUACAUUCUAACGCCAUUUAGACCAGGGAAAGAUCAUCCAUAUGAGGCGACAUACGAAAUCAUUUCUGCAUUCACAGCAUCGUUUCAGGGCCUUUGUGUUGCAACUUUAUUCUGUUUUUGUAAUGGCGAAGUCAUGGCGCAGGUUAAGCGACGUUGGAGAAUUGUUUUCUUCCGUCCUCGUGCAAACAGCUACACAGCAACGCAAGUGUCGUUUGUAAGGCAUGGCCAGGCACACACUGCUGGAGAAGACAAAGUAUGACAGAAAGAACGAUCCCAUCACAAAAAUGGGAAGAAAAAUGAUCCACACAUUCUGAUACAGAACAGCGAACAAGAGAAACUCUGGGCGAGUGAAAACAUUGACAUGAAAGUCUACAAUGAUCACACAGUUUCAACGACAACAACACUCAACAGCAAAUACGAUCCAAUGAUGUCACUAGCAACAUCGCCAACUCCAUCAUACAACAUGGAAAAUGGUGCAAAAGCAACGAUUAACUCAAAUAAUCUGAUAACAAAGCUGAAUGAAAGUGAUACACUUAUUAUCUGAGCUAAGUUUAAAAGAUUCGAAAGGUUUUUAACACUCACACACACGCAUACACUUGUUUAAGUGAAAAGGGCAGCUAAACUUUUUUCUACCUUAGUCUCUAAGUUCAAACUUUUCAUUUAUAUGAAAGAGUGAAACAAUUUCUGUUAUGUGGUAAAACGAAGAGCAGAAACGAAAGAAUUUGCAAGCAUUUCAAAGCAGCAACAUUCGUUGUAAGUUGUAAGAAGAACAAUUGCUGUCGGCAAAGUUUGCAUAAAUAUAAAAG